GUGGCAAGGAAACGCUGCAUUUCACCAGGAUGCCCAGGAGAUGUGUCUCACUUCUGCUGCUGCUACAGCUGAGUUGCUGCUUCAGCUCUGGGAGUUGUGGGAAGGUGCUGGUGUGGCCUAUGGAGUACAGUCACUGGAUGAAUAUGAAGACAAUCCUGGAUGCACUUGUGCAGCGAGGCCAUGCAGUAACUGUUCUGAGAUCUUCUGCUUCUAUUUUAAUUGAUAGCAACGAUGAAUCAGGAAUUAAAUUUGAAACUUUUCACACAUCUUACACUAAAGAUGAAGUCCAAGAUAUUCUCUUAAAUGGGAUUAAUACACUUAUAAACGAUGUGUCAAGAGAUGCAUAUUGGGAAUAUUUCCCACUAAUGCAAAAAUUAUUCUUUGAAUAUUCUGAUGUUUAUGAAAGUAUCUGCAAAGACUUGGUUUUGAACAAGAAAAUCAUGACGAAGCUACAGGAAUCAAGGUUUGAUGUUGUUCUUGCAGACCCAUUUGCUCCCUGUGGUGAGCUGCUGGCUGAGCUACUGAACAGACCCCUUGUGCACAGUCUCCGCUUCACUCCUGGCUACACCUAUGAGAAGUAUAGUGGAGGACUUCUGUUUCCUCCUUCCUAUGUGCCUGUUAUUAUGUCAGAUUUAAGUGGACAAAUGACAUUCAUGGACAGGGUAAAAAACAUGUUAUUUAUGCUUUAUUUUGACUUUUGGUUUCAAAUGUUUAAUGUGAAGAGGUGGGAUCAGUUUUACAGUGAAGUUCUAGGAAGACCCAUUACAAUAUCUAAGCUAAUGGGGAAAGCUGAAAUAUGGCUUAUACGAAGCUAUUGGGAUUUGGAGUUUCCUCGCCCACUAUUGCCUAAUUUUUAUUUUGUUGGAGGGCUUCAUUGCAAACCUGCCCAACCUCUACCCAAGGAGAUGGAAGACUUUGUGCAGAGCUCUGGGCAAGAGGGAGUGGUGGUGUUUUCCCUGGGGUCCAUGGUCAGCAACAUGACGGAAGAAAGGACCAAUGUGAUUGCAUCAGCACUUGCCCAGCUGCCACAAAAGGUUAUUUGGAGAUUUGAUGGCAAGAAACCGGAUACCUUAGGACCUAAUACCCAGCUCUAUCAGUGGAUCCCUCAGAACGACCUCCUUGGUCAUCCAAAAACCAAAGCUUUUGUAACUCAUGGUGGAGCCAAUGGCAUCUAUGAGGCCAUCCACCAUGGCAUCCCUAUGGUGGGCCUUCCUUUGUUUGGGGAGCAACAUGAUAACCUUGCCCACAUGAGGGCCAAGGGAGCAGCUGUUAGAUUGGACUGGAAAACAAUGUCAAGUUCAGAUUUGAUCGAUGCCUUGAAGACAGUCAUUCAUGAUCCUUCCUAUAAAGAGAAUGUCAUGAAGUUAUCAAGAAUUCACCACGAUCAGCCCAUGAAGCCGCUGGAUCGAGCAGUCUUCUGGAUCGAGUACGUCAUGCGCCACAAAGGAGCCAAACACCUUCGGGUUGCAGCCCACGACCUCACCUGGUACCAGUACCACUCUCUGGAUGUGAUUGGCUUCCUGCUGGCUUGUGUGACAAUCAUUAUCUACCUUGUUAUAAAAUUUUGCUUGCUUGUUUAUCAACGGCUUGUUAUGAAAGGAAAGAAGAGAAAGCAAGAUUAGAGCUGUUUCAGACCUAAGGCUAGCAGCCCUGCUAUGUGACAUCAUGCCAUUAACUCAACCAUUAAGGAUGCAUGUUUGUCAAGACUGUCCUGCACAGUUUAAGAGGUCUGUGCCUCCAGAGUCAUCGAAAUAUUUAUUCUUGACUAAGUAUUAAGGAAAUACACCAUUCUAACUUUAGAUAUAUUGAGAUACUUUGAUUUUAGUGCUGAAUUAUUAACUUAUUUUAAUAACAUUCAAAAAAUGAGACUCACUGGAGCAUCAGACAGUUGCUUUCAAAGGAGUUGUCAAGUUUCGUGUCUGUUUUUAGAAACAUCAUCUACUCAAACACCAUGCAUUAUCACUUGCCAAAGGAAACUAUAGUCAGAUUUUGUUGUAGGAGGCAAGACAGAUUAUAUCCUGACUUCUUCACUUGGAAGAGUGACUCCAUGAUAAACUGUACUCAACUUCAACUAGGACAGAGUGACUGAUUUUCAAAAGACCUAAAAAGAGAAUAUGAUAGUGAAGGAGAACAACAAAGGGAUCACUCAAAAUUAUCUAAAUGGAAAAUUACAGAAGAAUGAAGUGGAAAAUUACCAUAAAAUCAUAAAUGAUUUGGUAAGGUGGGCUAGACAAUGCAGAGUCUGCAAUUUAGUAGGAUUUAGUUUUCUUUAGCAAAGAGUCAGCAUGCAUUUUAGGUUUACCUUUAAGGCUCUAACUCAUGAGCUAUUUCAGGUGGAUAACAGGCUAAACUUGAUGAAGUCUCUUACCAUUUGUUUUGGCAAAGUUUUUAUGUACAUGAAGUUUACUGUUCAUUUUUUCAUAAAACACAUAGCAUGUCAUCCUGUAAUCUUUUUGUUUAGUUUCAAAAUUUUGGAUUGCUCUAACUAUGCCUACUGAGUGUCUGCAAUAUCCUAAAAUAUUUGGUUAGGAACAAGAAACACAUUUUCCAUAUGAGGCUUUGAACAUUCUUGAGCUACAAUUUUCCCUUUAUUUAAAGAUCCUCUCUGCCUUAGAUAGUAACUUGGAAUAUCAAAGUAGGGUCUGGUUACCUUUAGUUUGGGAUGGUAACCCAGAGCCAGCAAGUUUGUCCCAUAUAUUUAUAAUUUAUAGCUAAAAGUUUUCUCAUCUCCUACAAUGAAUCUCUAGUUUCUCUCAAUUAAAAAAAAAAAGAUUUACUUUAGUUUAUUUGAAAGACACAUUUGCAGAUAGAAUGACAGGAAUAGACUGAGAGAGAGAGAGAGAGAGAGAGAGAGAGAGAGAUCUCCAUCCACUGGUUCAUUGCCCAAAUGGCUGAAAUAGCUAGAAUUGGGCCAGAACAGAGCCAGGAGACAGGAGCUUCUUCUCGAUCUUCCACAUGGUGCAAGGGCUCAAGUCCUUGAGUGAUCUUUCACUGAUUUCUGAGGUUCAUUUGCAGGGAGCAGGAUCAGAAGUGGAGCAGCCCAAACUAGAACUGGCACCCAUUUGGGAUGUCACCCUUCCAACUUAACUUGCUAUGCAACAAUAAUGGCCAGAGACCUCUCAUUUAUAGCCACACUUUCAAGACAAAUAUUUUCAAGUGCUUUAAUACCUGAGAUACUGUGGAAAUGAAAACCGGAAGUUUAUAUUAUUUUCCCAUAGUCUUCCUUUCUUGUAUGUAGGGAAUAAUAGUGAAAUAAAUAGUCAAAUAUGUGCAGCAAUUUUUAAGUCCUAUUCUGGAAAUAGCAGUUUAAAUGACAAAAGUAUCUCCACAUCUUGACUUUGCUAAGUACAGCCUUUGGACAACAGAACACAGUUUGCAAAUAAAACAGGGAAAACAGAAAUCCAGCUAAGGUAGUGGCUUUGCCUUAAAAGAGAUAUAGUUAAAUAGAUUGAAAAAAGUCAUACCAUUUUUAAAUAUAGAAAAGAGUUUUACAAAACUCUUUUAGACAAUAUUAUACUCAGAAUAUUUUAAUUAACCUUUGAAUAUUUAAUCAAACCACUGAAAAGCAAAAAGUUAGGGCAGAUUUUGUAGCCAUUGGUUUAAGCUGCCACUUGAGAUACCUGCAUCACAUAUUGGAGUCCCAGUUCAAGUGCCAGCUGCCGUGUUUCUAAUGAAGCUUCCUGGAUGCAUUCUGAGGUACAGCAAAUGACAGCUCAAGUGCUUGGGUCCCUGUCUCUCACUGUGAAACUCAGAUGGAGUUCUAGGCUUCUGGCUUUAGUCUGGUUGAGCCCUGGAUGCUGUGGGCAUAUGUGGAUGGAAGAUUUCAGUACAUUUUCUGUUACUUUCAAGUUAAUGAAAUUAAAUAAGCCUUAAGAAAUAAAAGUGUGCCAUAGAAUAGUAAAAUAUGAGAAACGGAAAAGUGAUUCAUUAGCACUGUUUAGUUACUUUGCUGUGUUUUUUAAAAGGAGGAGGGCAAUACAAUGCUAUACAUAUCCAUUAUUCUGAGUCAAUAAAGAUGCUCUACAUGCACCAGUAAAAUACAAUUUCUAUUUCUCUUUUCUUCAUGUAACUGAAAAUUCAUUAGUGACCUUGUCGAAGUAGGUAGGUCUUAUUUACAAUUGUUACAGUAAGGUAUAUAAAUCUAUGCUCCUCAUGAAUAAUAAAUGCAUUGUUGCAUCUGUUUUAAUUGUAAGAAUUCUUUUCAUUUAUCUCAAAAUGUAUACACAUAGUAUAAGAAAAUAUGUACACAUGAAGGAACACUUGGCAAAGAAAUAUUAAAAACUCACUAUAAAAUGAAUUCCAAAUAUGGCAAUAUUCUUUGUGUAUUUAUUUCUUCAUGAUUGAUAUAGCUUUCAUCGGUAAAUACAGGUACUCUAAGUUACCAUGUGCAAUAACAGAAUUUAUAUGACAUCCAUCAUCUUUAAUACUACCUUAUUAGUCUUGUGAUUAUGCAAUAUGCUGUUUAAAGGAAUAAAUUUGCAAAGCACUACAUCAGAGAUAAGAUACAAAACUCAGAUAAGGGUAAAUUUUCAUCUUGAAACUAAAAACUGAAGGUUAAACCUUAUAUUUCAGGGACUGAUUGAAUAAGUAUGAGUUUUGUGAAAUAAUUUCCUUAUAGAAAGCAAUGUUUCUUAAUGGACAAGUAAUAUCAAUAUUAUACAUGCAUAUACAUGAAAUAUAUAUAAUAUACAUAUAUACAUAUAUAAAUAUAUAUAAUAUACAUAUAUAUGUAUGUAAUAUAAAUGUAUUAUACAUGUAUAUACAUGAAAUAUAAAUAUAGAAUAUAAAGAAAUUUGAUUCUUAUGCUUAUAUUCUUUAAUGUUAAGUAUACUCUUUAGCAUAAAUGUUUUUAAAACUCAAAAAUAAUUAUAAAUUUUGAAAGUGGAGCCUUGGAAAGAUGUUUCUUCCUGCCUGUAUCACCUUUCAGUGUCACUCCAGUGUCCUCUACUGUGGAAUCCCAUUGUUCCUUCAGUUGACAAAGGAGAAAAGUUUAUAGACUAUUGAUUCAAAAUUACAAAGCUAUUGAGUGAGAGACAAUUGGAGAUACAUCUUCUAGCCAUUGAUAUAGCACUUAAUUAUCCAUAGCUUGCCCACAUCAAAACCAGGUAUCCAGAACUCAAUACAGGCUCCCAUUUGAGAGUCAGUGACACAAGUUCUGUAGCUAUAACCUGCUACUUCCCAAGAUGAACAUUAGCAGGAAGCUGGAUAAGAAGUGGGGGAGCAAAGACUCAAAUCAGGCAUUCUCAUAUAAUAUGUAAUUGUCUUAGCAGUGACUUAAGUGCUGCACCACACACAUUUCUGUCUUAAUUUUUAAAACAGGUCACUGCACAUUGUAGAGUGACAAAAUCUUAGUCCUUGUGUUAAAAUAUGUGUUUCUUUUGGAUUCCUACCCAAAUACAUGUUUUAAAACUGUUUCUUACAAGGCUCUAUUCAAGUAGUUCCCUCAUCUGCUAAUAACUGGUGGAUCCGGUUUGGUUUCACACAUGGCUAUGAAAGUUCUGUUUCUUUUAUAGGCAAAAUGUGUGCGUUUGGAACUGAAGAGAAAGGAUGGAGUCAUUUGAUGAGUGUACUCUACUGAAUGGAAUUUGAUAUUUUAUAUAUUGGAGAUUUUUAUAAGCCAUGAUAUUUUUAUUUAUUUUAGCAUAUUCAUAUUUGUCCAAAAAUAUUUUAGAAUUUAUUGGUAUUUAAUCUUUGACUUUUUCUGAGAUUAUUUUAGGAAAGAUUUUAUAAGAACGUGAAAUAAAUGUGUAUACCCUCAUGUUUGAGAAUUCUUAAAAACAUUCAUUAAAAUGAAAUGAAAAAAUAAAGUGUAAAAUUUAUGUUUUAA